CCCACUCACUGUGGUAGUUCGGACUUUUUUGGUCGGAAAUAAUUUUUUUUUUCAAGGGAUUAAAAAAAAAGUAGAGAUAUGGCGUCCAAAAAAAAAAAUUCUCUAGAGGUGUGCGGUAACCCUGUGACUAUGAACCUUAACACUAUGCUCUAUCAAAACAUAUUAGCAUCUCGCUACUUUAAAGAAGAUUUAUUUAACCUAAAAACAUACCAUGAAGUAGUUGAUGAAAUAUAUAAUCAAGUUACUGACCUAGAACCUUUUAUGCCCGGUAACUAUAACCAACCUUCCUCUGCAUUUUGUUUGCUGUACAAAUUAUUUACUAUGAAGCUAACUGAAAAACAGUUACGGGGGCUUCUGAACCAUAAAGAUUCUCCUUAUAUAAGAGCUAUCGGCUUUCUUUAUAUUCGAUAUGCUCUGAAUCCAAAAAGUCUUUGGCAUUAUUUUAAAGAUUACAUUUAUGAUUACGAACCCAUAAAGGUUGCUUGGGCCCAUCACUCUCGAGAAAUCUGCAUUGGUCAGUUUUGCCGGCAAUUAUUACAAGAUCAAAAGUAUUUUACGACUAUUCUCCCGCGCAUUCCUGUCCCCAUCGCAAAAAUAAUCACCGAAAAACUUCAAGAGAAUCCGUGGAUGUCCGAGAGUGAAGCUGAUAAAUACGAAGAAGAAGUAGUUGAAAACGAACCUUUAAAAGAAAAAGAAAGUGAUGUACCAAAAAAAAAUAGAAGCCAGAGCCGCGACCGUCGGAAGGAUCGGGAUCGGGACCGUCCUAGAGCUCGCAGUCGACAUCGGGAUCGAACUCGAAGCCGUAGUUCCAAUCGAAAUGAACGACGGCGUAGUAAAAGUCAUAAAAGAAAAUCUCGAGAUCGGCAUCGCACGCGGCGUAGCAGAACUAGAAGUCGCGAGAGAGUUCGCCGUAGUCGAAGCCGAGAAAGAAGCAAAAAAUAAUUAAUUCAAUUUACAUAAAGAUUUU